AUGCUGCCUUCCUGCAGGUCCACCCUUCGACACCGCCUCCUCUCCCACCCUCUCCGCUCCCUAACCUACCAUGCAACUCUCCCCCUUCAAUUUUCCCCUCAAACUCGCCACAACUCUUCCUCAUCCCCUUCACAUCCCCACGUGAUCUUCUCCGGCAUCCAACCAACCGGCAUCCCACACCUAGGAAACUACCUAGGCGCCCUACAAAACUGGGUCUCACUCCAGAACUCGGCAGCCCCAGACACGAAACUGCUGUACUCGAUCGUGGACCUGCAUGCUAUCACCGUACCGCAGGACCCGGGGGCGUUGAGGAGGUGGAAGAGGGAGGCGUUGGCGACAUUGUUGGCGGUGGGGUUAAGGGAGGAGAGGUGUAUUUUGUUUUUUCAGAGUGAGGUACAGGCUCAUGCCGAGUUGAUGUGGAUUUUGAGUUGUACGGCUAGUAUGGGAUAUUUGUCUAGGAUGACGCAGUGGAAGAGUAAAUUGUCGUUGUCAGAUCAUACUUCUCCGCUAGAUGAGAGUAGUAAAUCAAAGCUCAAAUUAGGCCUCUUCUCUUAUCCUGUGCUGCAAGCUGCAGAUAUCUUAGUCCACAGAGCAACUCACGUCCCCGUCGGCGAAGACCAAAGCCAACACCUCGAAUUUGCCCGCGAAUGCGUAACGAACUUCAACCACACCUACAACGGCAACUUCCUCGUAGCCCCUCAAACCCUGCUCUGUACUUCCCCUUCGCCCUCCCCCUUCCUCUUCUGCCCCGUCAACAAAACUAACCUCCCAUCAGCACCAACGAAACGCAUAAUGUCCCUCACCGACCCGCUCUCAAAAAUGUCAAAAUCAGCACCCAACCCCCUCUCCCGCAUCCUAAUAACAGACUCCCCCUCAACCAUCAAAAAGAAACUCACAUCUGCCCUAACAGACAAUUCCAAUUCCGUCUCCUACUCCCCUUCUCUCCGGCCCGGCGUAACGAACCUCCUGCACCUCCUCUCAGCGUUCGACCCCAGCGGGAAGAGCGCGGAGGAAAUAGGAGGGGAAUUAGAGAGGAGCGGCAUGGGAUUAGGCGCUUUUAAGGCGCUGGUGACGGAUGCGGUGGUGGAGGGGCUGAAGGGGGUGAGGGGGGAGUUUGAGCGGGUCGUUAGGGAGGAGGGGUUUUUGGAGGGGGUUGCGAGGAGGGGGGCGGAGAGGGCGAGGGAGAGUGCUGAGGGGACGAUGGGGGUUGUUAGGGGGGCUGUGGGGUUGUAG